AUGACUCUCUGCAAACAACACAGAACAGAGUUGCCUCACCGGAAAGAGAGAUCACUUUGGUGAACUUGAAAAAGGAUGAAAAAUUUGGCUUAGGCUUCCAAAUAGUUGGCGGAGAGAAGACAGGGAAACUUGAUCUGGGAAUUUUUAUUCAUUCUGUUAUUCCAGGAGGUCCAGCUGAUUUGGAAGGAUCUCUAAAGCCAGGACACCGACUAAUAUCUGUAAAUAGCACAAGUUUAGAAGGCGUCAGCCACCAUGCAGCAUUAGAAAUUUUGGAGAACGCACCUGAAGACGUGACACUUGUUAUCUCUCAGCCUAAGGACAAACUAUCCAAAGCAUCGUCUAAUGCUGCACACGUCAAUAAUGGAGCCAGGGGUUAUUUGAGGAGGCCGUUGUCAGUGCAGGACAAUGAGGCAGAGUCCUCUUCAGAAGAACACAACCAGUCCCGUGGUCACCAAAGGCUUCUUUCUGGGAGUUUGUCUGGUUUGUCGGGAGGCAAGCGGGAUGGAAGCAUGAGCUCCCAGGAUUCCAGAACUGAGAGCGCCAGCCUGUCUCAGAGCCAGCCAGCCAGCUUCUUUGGCCAACGUGCAAGUGGUAGAAUGCAGCAGGAUCCUUGGCAGUACAGUGGUUCCCAGCCUGGGCUUUCUAAAAUGAACGAGAAGAGAAGAUCCUCAUCUGACAGUACUCGAGUGAAAAAUAAAAGGCCUGGGGUAGUGGAGUCUGUGGAAUAUUCUGACCGAGGGGAUUCUGACAUGGAUGAAGCAACUUAUUCCAGCAGUCAGGAGCAACAGCCAGCUAAAAAGGAAUCUUCCUCAACAAAUACAGCAAAAAAAAUGAAUUCUAAAAAGGUUACUGCAACACUUCUUAAACCUGGAGAUAUCUUUGAGGUUGAACUAGCCAAAAAAGAUAACGGCUUGGGAAUAAGUGUCACGGUACUGUUUGACAAGGGUGGUGUAAAUACUAGCAUAAGGCAUGGUGGUAUUUAUGUGAAAGCAAUUAUUCCUAAGGGAGCAGCUGAAGCAGAUGGCAGAAUUGAAAAAGGUGACCGUGUGCUCUCUGUCAAUGGGAUUAGUUUGGAAGGUGCUACCCAUAAGCAAGCUGUUGAAACACUGAGAAACACUGGGCAGGUGGUGCAUUUGCUGUUGGAAAAAGGUCAGCUUUCAGUGGCCAAGGUUCAUGCUCCAGCAACGCUACAGCGCACGCCUCCAAAUCAGGUGGGGCAAUGUGAGCCACAGGAGAAACCAGCGACAAAAACUACAAAUGCCAAAGAUUACAGCUUUGUCACUGCAGAGAACACAUUUGAGGUGAAGCUGUUGAAGAAUAGCUCAGGCCUUGGGUUCAGUUUCUGCCGUGAAGAUAACCUUACCCCAGAGCAACUGGGCUCAACAAUUGUGAGGGUCAAAAAACUCUUCCCUGGGCAGCCUGCCGCAGAAAGUGGGCAGAUAGAAAUUGGGGACGUCAUUCUAAAAGUGAACGGGGCAUCGCUCAAGGGUUUAUCCCAGCAGGAAGUCAUCUCUGCUCUGAGAGGAACAUCUCCAGAAGUCUCUCUUCUCCUUUGUCGACCACCAUCUGGUAUACUGCCAGACAUCGAUCCUUCUUUGUUGACUCCCAUCCACUCACCUCAACAAGUAUUUCCAGAUGUCAGCAGAGAAGUUUCUGGUCCAUCAAAUGGAGAACAAGGUGACAGCUCAGAUGAAAAUGAAACUACUGAUCUGAGCAAGAAAAGGUUAAAAUCUCCAUCUAGAAGAGACAGCUACAGUGACAGCAGCAGGAGUGCUGAUGAGGAGGUGAUAGACUCGUCAGCACACAUGGGCCUUGGCUGGAGUUCUGCACUCUACCAAACUUCAGAUGGAGCUGUGACACAGGCACAUAGUCAGUAUGAGACACACUGUGGUCAGGAGGAGACUGUUUGCACUAUCGUAUAUUCUGAUCAAGAGACUCCUACCAAGUCAGAGCUUGAGGACAGUAAUCUGCCACUGGAUUUGCCGUUGAUCCCAACCUGUAGAACUGUUCCUGAAGUUACCCCAUCCUUUUUCAUAAAUGAUUGUUAUGCUGCUCCUGCUUCUGAGCUGACUCCGCACCUGAGACGGAUGGAUUCAUUACUCAGCCAGUUGGAAAAAAGUGCUGAAGAAUAUGAGCCAGUAAUUUACUAUUUCUUGCUGUUUGAAGUAGAGCUCCAAGUCACUAUGACAAAGUCAGAAAAGGGUAGUCUGGGUUUUACAGUGACCAAAGGUAACGAUAACGUUGGCUGCUACAUUCAUGACAUUGUUCAGGAUCCUGCCAAAAGUGAUGGGAGACUACGACCUGGAGACCGACUGAUAAAAGUUAAUGAUAUUGAUGUCACUAACAUGAGUCAUACCGAUGCAGUAAACUUUCUUCGCACUGCCCCAAAGACUGUCAAAUUAGUGCUAGGCCGUGUUUUGGAGUUACCUAAGAUGCCAGUGUUGCCUCAUUUGCUGCCUGAUAUAACACUUACAUGCCAUAAGGAGGAGCUAGGUUUGCUGUUAUCAGGAGGUCAUGACAGCCUUUACCAAGUUGUGUAUAUUAGUGACAUUCUCCCCAAAUCGGUUGCUGCUAGAGAGGAGAGUCUCCGUGUACUAGAUAUUAUCCAUUACAUUAAUGGAGUAAGCACACAGGGAAUGACUCUGAAAGAAGCCAGAAGAAUGCUGGAAACAUACCUGCCAAAAGUGGUGCUCAAAGCGACCAGAGAUGGUCACGCAGUGCUACCAAAAUCCAAAACCUCUGGUAACUCAAGUCCAUGGCCAGUGAAAGCUAAUGGCUGUUCCUGUGGUGAUCCCUGUGAUAAAACAGAAAAGACAGCUGAUGCUUAUGGGCCCACGAUAAAUGGCAAUGGCAUCCUAGGACCUUCUCAGACAAAUACAGAAAACAAUAUCCAUCACACAAAAGAACUAACAAAUCUCUCAGAAUCUGGAGAUGCACCUUCCCUUGGCUUUACCAAUGAGAUGUCAGAUAUUUCUAAACACAGUGAUAAUUCGGAAACAGAGGUUCCAGAUGAUGAUUAUUAUGAUGAGGAUGAUCACAAUGAAGUUGUCCAGUAUCUGUUGGAUGUUGUAGAUGAGGAAGCCCAGAACCUCUUAAAUCGUAACACAACUUCAGAGGCUCAUAGUCUUCUGCAUCUCAAGAAGGCUGUGUCAGAUCACCUGCCAGUAGAGAUGAAUGGAAAGCUGACAGAAGAUAAGUCUGAAGACACAGACUGUGAUGGGUCAUCGUUACCUGAAGAUUUUUCAGAGCCAACACAUGUAAAUGGCUGUGAAGACUAUUGUGAAGUAAAAGCUACACCAGAAAGGUCUCCUCCACAACCUCCCUCGAGCCAAGCAGAUGAGGAUGAAAUCACGUGGGGAAGUGAUGAACUGCCAAUUGAGUCAGUCAGUCAGGAACAUGUAAAUAAAGAUUUCCCUUUAGUGACAAAUGAAGAGCUCUCUGCACUCCCUACUGUGAACGUGGUCCCUGGAGGCAAGUACUCAGGAGCCAAAUUGAAGUCAGUGAUCAGGAUGCUUCGUGGAUUGCUGGAACAGGGAGUCCCUUCUAAAGAGAUUGAA